AUAUCCACACCAGACUUCUUGCCAUAAUGGGCGGCUGCGAUUCGAAAGCCAAAGGCGCGAGCCCGGCGAAGACGAAGCCAAAGCCCAAGGCUGCGAAGCCGAGAGCUAAAUUGAACCCUGCUGACUACAUCUUCUCCCAGAGGAAGGACGCCGUGCUGAUCAAGGAGGAAGGCAGCGUCGCCGGGGAGCAGUUCAACGUUGAAGAGUGUAGAAACUGCGACAUUUUUCUGUUGGACAAUAUUGCCACAAGUUUCGUGGAUGAAUGCCAUGACUGCAGAAUCUUCAUUGGCCCCGUGGAGACCAGCGUCUUCAUUCGGAACUGCAGCAACUGCAGCCUGGUGAUCGCGUGUCAGCAGUACAGAUGUCGGGAGUGCCAAGACUGCAAGCUGGCCCUCUUUUGCGGCACCGAGCCCAUCAUCGAGAGCAGCCAGAACAUGCAGUUCGCCUGCUUUGACUUUAACUACUUCUCCCUCCGGGGUCAAAUGACCCGAGCUGGGCUGAAGCCAUGGAAUAACAAAUGGUGGAUGGUCUAUGACUUCAACAAGAAUGAGGACAAGCCAAACUGGAGCUUGCUGGACCAGGCUGAGGCGAGCCGACUCCUGAAUCUAGAGAAGUGCCCCAGCAUCGCUCAGGAGGAGCUUGAAAACGAAGGCGUGGUUCCCGUGACACUCGGAAGCCGGCCUUGGCCUUCACAGGAGACUUGCUUCGUGGUGUUCCUGCCAGAUUCAGAACAUUUGAUCGAGGCCUUCAUGUCUAGAGCUGUGUCCUCCUGGACACUGUGUCGCACGCGCGCAGUGCAGCUCAAGGAGGAUCAGCUCAAGACGUUGUUCGCCUGGGCCAAAGAGCCCAGGCUGGCCAAGUGCAGGGGGGAGAUCACUGGCAUUCAGGUCUGUGGCAACAACGUGUUCAAAGAAGUGCAGGAUACCCUCACCAACACUGGCAUGGUCACUGGUGCCAAGAAUCUCAGAGUCGUGCCUCAGAAGGAAACCGAGUCGCUGUCAAAGCAGUUCUUCGAAACUUGGAAGGACGAAGUCUAAGGAUCAGAGUUGUCCACUUUCCGAACCAAAGUGUUCU